AUGAGACCAGCGCAACUACUAUUAAACCAAGCUAAAAAAGGUUCCGGCAUUGGUAUUCCAGUGGAACUAACACCUCUGUUCAUUGCCAUGGGUCUAGCUCUGGCAUCGGGUACUUAUUUCACUUACAAAAAGUUCCGUCACGAUGAUUCUCUAAGAGUUACCAAGAACCCAGAAAUGUCAAACUUGAAGAAGGUAUUGGCUGAAUCUGAGAACAAGGAAUGA